GCUGGGCGGCCCCCGCCCGCGCAGAGCCCCGGCGCCCCGCCAUGGUGCUGCCGGGGGAUCAGGCCCGGCUCUACCGGCCGCGGCCCGAGCUGCUGCCCGCGGCCCACGUCCCCUCGCUGCCCCACUACCAGCGGCUGUACCAGCGCUCCGUGGAGGAGCCGCACGAAUUUUGGGGGGACAUCGCUAAAGAGUUCUACUGGAAGCGUCAGCACACGGGACCCUUCCUGAAGUACAACUUCGACGUGACCAAGGGGAAGAUCUUCAUCGAGUGGAUGAAAGGAGCGACCACCAACAUCUGCUACAACCUCCUGGACAGAAAUGUCAACGACAAGAAGCUUGGGGACAAAGUUGCUUUUUACUGGGAAGGGAAUGAACCUGGAGAUUACACGAAAAUCACGUACAGUGAGCUGCUGCAAAAAGUCUGCCAGUUUGCCAAYGUCCUCCGCAGCCAAGGGGUGAAAAAAGGAGACCGGGUUUCCAUCUACCUGCCAAUGAUCCUGGAGCUGGUCAUAGCCAUGCUUGCCUGUGCCAGGAUUGGAGCUCUGCACUCUGUUGUGUUUGCAGGUUUCUCUGCAGACUCCCUUUGCGAGCGGAUCCUUGACUGCGGUUGCUCUCUCCUCAUCACGGCAGAUGCCUUUUAUCGAGGGGACAAACUGGUCAACUUGAAGCAGAUUGCAGAUGAAGCCAUCCGGAAAUGUAAAGACAAGGGAUGCUCUUUGAAAAAGUGCAUCGUGGUGAAGCACCUGGGCAGGGAAGAGAUAGCAGUGGAUGGGACCUCCAGCAAGUCUCCCCCUCUGAAAAGGCUGUGCCAGGAUGUGCAGGAAAAAAAGACUGAGAGCUCAAAGAGACUCCAUCCCAAGGCCCCCUGGAACCCAGCCAUGGACAUGUGGUGGCACGAGCUGAUGGGUGGUGCCAGCAAGGAGUGUGAGCCCGAGUGGUGCGACGCUGAGGACGAGCUCUUCAUCCUCUACACGAGUGGCUCCACUGGAAAACCCAAGGGUGUGCUGCACACCGUGGGUGGGUACAUGAUUUUUGCUGCCACCUCCUUUAAAUACGUGUUUGAUUACCAACCUGAGGAUGUGUACUGGUGCACGGCCGACAUCGGGUGGAUAACGGGCCACUCCUACCUCACCUAYGGACCCCUGGCAAACGGGGCCACCAGCGUGUUGUUUGAAGGUGUCCCCACCUACCCYGAUGUUGGGAGAAUGUGGAGCAUCAUUGACAAGUACAAGGUGACCAAGUUCUACACAGCACCCACAGCCAUCCGGCUGCUGAUGAAGUAYGGGGAGGAGCCUGUCAAAAAGUACAGCAGGAAGUCCCUGAAGGUGCUGGGGACCGUGGGAGAGCCCAUCAACCCCGAGGCCUGGCUGUGGUACUACCGUGUGGUGGGAGAGGAGAGGUGUCCCAUUGUGGACACGUUCUGGCAGACAGAGACGGGAGGCCACAUGCUGACACCCCUCCCCGCUGCCACCCCCAUGAAGCCAGGCUCUGCCACAUUCCCCUUUUUUGGAGUGGUUCCUGCCAUCCUGAGCGAGUCGGGGGAAGAGCUGGAAGGAGAAGCAGAAGGCUACCUGGUGUUUAAGCAGCCCUGGCCAGGGAUCAUGCGCACGCUCUACGGGAAGCACCAGCAGUUUGAAACCGUUUACUUCAAGAAGUUCCCGGGGUACUACGUGACAGGAGAUGGUUGCAGGAGAGAUAAAGAUGGUUAUUACUGGAUCACAGGRCGAAUUGAUGACAUGUUGAAUGUUUCUGGCCACUUGCUGAGCACGGCGGAGGUGGAGUCAGCCCUGCUGGAGCACGAGGCGGUGGCCGAGGCCGCCGUGGUCAGCCACCCCCACCCCCUGAAGGGCGAGUGCCUCUACUGCUUUGUGACCCUCAGAGAGGGCCACGAGUUCACCAAGAACCUCACGGAUGAGCUGAAAAAACAAGUCAGAGAAAAAAUCGGGCCAAUAGCAACACCUGAUUACAUCCAGUAUGCCCCCAGCCUGCCCAAAACCCGCUCAGGAAAGAUCACCAGACGGAUAUUAAGGAAGAUUGCCAAAAACGACCAAGAUCUGGGGGACAUCUCCACCUUGGCAGACCCAGGCAUCAUCAAACAACUUUUCAACAGCAGAUGUGACACUAAGCAGUAGCAGCAGGACCUGUUCCUGCUGAGCAGAACUGUGGCAGUGGCACCUGAUGAGCAGGUCCCUCCAACAGCCACUGCCUGCCUGGGAAGGAAACCUUCAYCUGUUGAAUUGAAUGUACCAAUCGUAGGAACGAGGAGAGCCUGCCUCUGGAGAGGUGUCUGUCAUGUUCCAGAUGGAUGUCACACAUCUGAGGGGCACUCUAGUGCACACAGGAACUCAUUGUCCUCCCUUUGCAGCACCUCGUUCUUGAUUUUAAUUUAAUUUUUUUUGAGGGGGGGGG